AUGGGCCUCUGUGCCAUGCACCUCGUGGACUUUCUCAGCAAGGGUUGCCACUGGAAGAUGAUUGCUUGCAAUGCGAGCAACUUCGGGCGCCUGGGCGACCAGCGAGAGCAGCAGAUCGUUCUCCGCUAUGACGACUUUGCGCACCAGGACUGCGACCACCUGCUGGUGGAGCUUCGCGAUGUCGGGUACGUCGAGGUCAGCGGCAUUCAGAACGCACCUUCGGCCGCGUCUGCGAUGCAUGAGUUCUUCAGCCACCAGUGGCGCUGCUCUGAGUACCGGAACAGCAUCUUCGAGGUGUUCAAUGCCAAGUACUGCGAUCGCAAGUACAGGACACCGCCGAACUUUUACUUCCGGGAUGGCCUUCGCAACAACCUGGGGCGGCGCACGCUCGAACUGGCCACCUUCAUGAGCAGCCGGGGCUGGGAGUUGGCAUCCUGCAACGGCGGCAGCCUCACACUUCCCAAUCAGAAGAAGCACGGCAAUGGCCUCGUCCGAGAGCAUCAGAUCAAGUUCGUGGGCGCCAAGCGUGAAGGCUUGUCCAGCUGCCCUCUUCUGAUGGUGGAGUUUCGUUCCGUUCCGGCGCGAGACGUCAUGGGACGAGCAUCCCACGAGUCGUUCAUUGAGAUUACUGGCGCAAAUGUCAACGAUGUUCAUGGCAAGUUGGCCGGCUUCGUGCAGAGCCAUAUGCAGAGCCGGUUGAUUGCAACAGCGACUCCAACGUGUGAUUUGGGCUUCGUCUGUGAUGCCUUCCAGAUGAAGGAGGCAGCGCUGGACUGCAAGGAAGGGCGCUUCCUGGGCGAGACGAACUUCGGCAAGUACGCCAUGCGCCUCUGCGACUACAUGGUGGACUACCUCGGA